AUGGGGGCUCCGUUGCUGCCCCUCGGCCUCCUCGGGCUCCUGCUGCUCCAGGCGACCCCCACCCCGGCCCAGCUGGUGACGCUGGUGACACCGGCCGUGCUGCGGCUGGAGACGGACGAGCGGGUGGUCCUGGAGGCCCCGGGGCUCUCGGCGGCCACCGAGGCCACGCUGCUGGUUCAGGAUUUCCCGCAGAAGCGGCAGACCCUGUUCCAGACGCGGCUGCCCCUGAGCCCCGCCGAGGGCAUGAUGGCCACGGCCACCGUCAGGGUCUCUGCCAAGUCCCUUCCCGCGGGGACAGGGAAGCGCUUCGUGGCGGUGACGGCGCGGGUGGGGCAGACGGUGCUGGAGAAGGUGCUGCUCCUGUCGCUGCAGAGCGGCCACAUCUUCCUGCAGACCGACAAACCCAUCUACACCCCCGGCUCCACCGUUCUCUGCCGCCUCUUCACUGUCGGCCACCUCAUGGAGCCCGUGGCCAAGACGGUCAUCGUGGAGGUCAAGACGCCCGACAACGUCAUCAUCAAACAAGUGCCCGUGUCCUCGCCCACCAAGAGCGGCAUCCUGUCUGUCAACCACAACCUGCCCGAGGUCGUCAGCCUGGGCACGUGGACGGUGCUGGCCAAGUUCGAGGACUCUCCGGAGCAGGUUUUCACCACCCAGUUCGAGGUCAAGGAGUACGUGCUGCCCAGUUUCGAGGUGGUGCUGGAGCCAGAGGAGAAGUUCCUCUACAUCGACCGGAAGGAGAAUUUCCGGAUGUCCAUCACGGCCAGGUACCUGUACGGGAAGCGUCUCCACGGCACAGCCUUUGCCCUCUUUGGGGUCAUGGUGGACGACGAGAGGAGGAGCAUCCCCGAGUCCCUGAAGCGCAUUCCGGUGACCGAUGGGGACGGCGAGGCCGUGCUGACCAUGGACGCUCUGCGGCAGCGCUUCCCCAACCCGCAGGAGCUGGUGGGACAUUCCCUCUACGUGUCCGUCACCGUCAUCACCGAGUCAGGCAGUGACAUGGUGGAGGCCCAGCGCGGUGGCAUCCCCAUCGUGACGUCGCCCUACACCAUCCACUUCACCCACACCCCCAAGUACUUCAAACCGGGCAUACCCUUUGACCUCCAGGUCUCCGUCACCAACCCGGACGGGUCACCGGCCCCGCGUGUCAACGUCCAGGCCGACGGGCAGCAGGGCCUGGUGUCCACCCAGCGUGACGGCACCGCCCGGCUCGUGGUCAACAUGCCGGCCAACAAGGACAGCGUCCCCGUCACCGUGCGGACGGUGCAGGAGGGGCUGCCCCCCGAGCGCCAGGCGUCGCGGCAGAUGACGGCCCAGGCCUAUCGCAGCCAGGCCGGCUCCGGAAACUUCCUGCACUUGGCCGUGCAGGCCACGGAGCUGAGGGCCGGGGAGAACCUGCCCGUCCACUUCCACCUCAAGACCAACAACAACGCCGUCCGCGACACCGUCCAGUACUUCACCUACCUGAUCAUGAGCAAGGGGCGCAUCGUCCGCACCGGGCGGCAGCGCCACGAGGCCGGGCAGAGCCUGGUCAUCAUGACCCUGCCGGUGACCCCCGAGCUCGUCCCCUCCUUCCGCAUCGUGGCCUAUUACCACGUCCUGCCCGAAGAGAUCGUGGCCGACUCCGUCUGGGUGGACGUCCAGGACACCUGCAUGGGCACCCUGGUGGUGAAGGGGGCGACGGAGGCCGACAACCGCGUGCACCAGCCGGGGACCCCCAUGAGGCUGCGCCUCGAGGGCGACCACCGGGCCCACGUGGGCCUGGUGGCCGUGGACAAGGGGGUCUUCGUGCUCAGCAAGAAGAACAAGCUCACCCAGGCCAGGGUUUGGGACACGGUGGAGCAGAGUGACAUCGGCUGCACCGCGGGCAGCGGGAGGGACAACGUCGGGGUCUUCGCCGACGCCGGGCUCAGUUUGGUCACCAACGUGAAGAUCUCGACGCCACCGCGGUCAGAGGUGCAGUGUCCCAAGGAGGCCUCGCGCAGGCGUCGCUCGCUGCCGCUCGUGCAGUACAAAGGCACCAAAGGUGGAAACCCCCCAAUCCUGUCCUGCCCCCCCCAACCAGGGCUGUGCGUGGCCGACCCCUACGAGAUCACGGUGAGGAAGGAUUUCUUCAUCGACCUGCGCCUGCCCUACUCGGUGGUGAGGAACGAGCAGGUGGAGAUCCGCGCCGUCCUCUACAACUACUGGCUCCAGGAGAUCACCGUGCGGGUGGAGCUGGUUCACAACCCCGCCAUGUGCGGCCCCUCCACGGCCAAGCAGCGCUUCCAGCAGAUCCUGCGGAUCAAGGCCGAGUCCUCCCGCACCGUGUCCUUCGUGCUCGUGCCCCUCCAGCUGGGGCUGCACGACGUCGAGGUCAAGGCGGCCGUCAGGGACCUGUUCGCGGGCGACGGCGUCAAGAAGAAGCUGCGGGUGGUGCCCGAGGGGAUGAGGCUGGAGAAGACGGUGAAGAUCAUCGAGCUGGACCCGCAGAACAAGGGAGUCAAUGGGGUGCAGGAGGAGCGGGUGAAGGCGGCCGAUCUCUCCGACAUCGUCCCCGACACCGAACCCGAGACCAAAGUCAGCGUCCAGGGGAACCCCGUGUCCAUCCUGGUGGAGAAGGCCAUCGACGGGGACAAGCUGAAGCACCUGAUCACGGUGCCGUCGGGCUGCGGGGAGCAGAACAUGAUCGCCCUGACCCCCACCGUCAUCGCCACCCACUACCUGGACAACACCGAGCAGUGGGAGAGCUUCGGGCUGGACCGCAGGGCCAACGCCAUCGAGCUCAUCAGGAAGGGUUACGUCCAACAAUUGGCCUUCAAGAAACCCGACAACUCCUACGCCGCCUUCAUCGGCCGCCCCUCCAGCACCUGGCUGACCGCCUACGUGGCCAAAGUGUUCUCCAUGGCCCGGAAGUUGACGGACAUCGAGCCCGAGGUCAUUUGUGGGGCCGUCAAGUGGCUCAUCCUCAACAAGCAGAAGCCGGACGGGAUCUUCCAGGAGGACGCUCCCGUCAUCCACCAGGAGAUGAUUGGGGGUUACAAGGGGGCCGAGCCCGAGGUGUCCCUCACCGCCUUCGUCCUCGUGGCGCUGGAGGAGGCCCGGGAGGUCUGCAAGGAGCACGUGAACAACCUGGACUGGAGCAUCAACAAGGCCGCCGAGUUCCUGGGCCGGCGCUACGAGCAGCUGGCCCGGCCCUACACGGUGGCCCUGAGCUCCUACGCGCUGGCCCUGGCCGGCAAGCUCAAGAGCGAGAAGGUCCUCAUGAAGUUCUCCAAAGGUGGGCAGAGCUGGGAGGAGCGGAACGCCCAGACCUACAACAUCGAGGGCACGUCCUACGCGCUGCUGGCCCUGCUGCACAUGAAGAAGCUGGAGCUGGCGAGGCCCGUGGUGCGCUGGCUCGCCCAGCAGAACUACUUUGGGGGCGGCUACGGCUCCACCCAGGCCACCAUCCUGGUGUUCCAGGCGCUGGCCCACUACCAAACGGUGGCUCAGAAGGAGCUGGAGCUCAACCUGGACGUGUCAGUGCUGCUGCCGCGCCGGGCCAGCCCCGUCAAAUACCGCAUCGACAACCGCAACGCGCUGGUGGCACGGUCUGCUGAGACCAAGGUGAACGAGGACUUCACGGUGAAGGCCGAGGGGGUUGGCAAGGGGACAAUGACAGUCGUGACCGUCUACAACGCCAAGGUCCCCGACAAGGACGACAAGUGCGACAACUUCGACCUGAGCGUGCAGGUGGAGGAGGUGGCGGCGGGCAAAGAGGAGGAGGACGUCAUCAGCUCCAUCAAGAUCACCGUCUGCGCCAGGCACCUGGGUGACGUGGACGCCACCAUGUCCAUCCUGGACGUGUCCAUGCUGACCGGCUUCACCCCCGACCUGCAGGACCUCAAGAGGCUCUCGGAGGGGGUGGACAGGUACAUCUCCAAGUUCGAGCUCGACCAGGCGCAGUCGGAGCGGAGCAACGUCGUCAUUUACCUGGACAAGAUCUCCCACCGGGCCGAGGAGUGUUUUGCCUUCAAGGCCCACCAGCGGUUCCAGGUUGGGCUCAUCCAGCCCGCGGCCGUCACCAUCUACAGCUACUACAAGAUCGACGACCGGUGCACGCGGUUCUACCACCCAGACAAGGAGGGCGGGAAGCUGAGCAAGAUCUGCCAGGGGGACGUGUGUCGCUGCGCCGAAGAAAACUGUUUCCAGCGGCGGGACCAGGACGAGCCCAUCACCGUCGAGCAGCGGAUCCAGCGUGCCUGCGAGCCAGGGGUGGACUACGUGUACAAGGUGCGCUUGGUGGCCGUGGAGGAGACGCCGUCCCACGACAACUACGUCAUGAACGUCCUGGCCGUCAUCAAGAUGGGCACCGACGAGGACCCGGCGGGCAGCAACAGGACCUUCGUGAGCCACCGGCAGUGUCGCGACGCCCUGAAGCUCGAGCGCGGGCAGGACUACCUGCUCUGGGGGCUGGGCAGCGACCUCUGGGCCACCGGCAGGCACUUCUCGUACCUCAUCGGGAAGGACACGUGGUUGGAGCGCUGGCCCUCGGAGGGGCAGUGCCAGGACCCCGAGCUCCAGCCCCUCUGCCAGGACUUCGUCCAGUUCUCCGAGGCCAUGACCCUGUUCGGGUGCCCCACCUGAGCGCCCACCCCCCGCCCAGGGGUGCCCCCCGGAUCCCCCCCGCCCCCCGCCCCCUC